AUGGGAUGAGUUUUAAAAUCUCAUAAUUGCUUUUCAGUACACUAGGGGAUAACUAAAGCAACCCCUCAAAAAAAAAAAACAAUAAUAAUAAUAUAUAGUUUCUUCACAGGGAAGAAGAGCAAUAGAAAGAAAGAGACCCUCCAGAGAGAUCAAAAGUUGCAACCUCAAAAGAAAGAUAGGUGCUUGAGAAAUAGACUUUACCAUCUUUCUGUGGCUUCACACACAAACACACAGCGAGAGAGAGAGAGAGAGAGAUGCUUUGGUAAGGAAGUUUUUUAUCUUUCUUGAGUCUUUGCCAGAAAACUGAAGCUUACCUAAAAGAAAUUCCAGCAGAAUGGUCUGAAAUAGAGUUGUUUGCAUGGGGAGUCAUAGAGUUGGAGAUACUGGUUUGUCAAACUCAGGAGCUUCAAACAUUCAUCAUUACCACCACCACAUCCCAUAUGCAGUUCCCCAUGGCCUUCCUCCUCUGAAUACAAACUUCAUCAAUCAUCAAGAAGGAUCUGCUUUUGAUUUUGGAGAGCUUGAAGAAGCUAUUGUGCUACAAAACUUAAAGCUUAAUCAUGAUGAUUCUAAAUUAUCUUUUUAUACAGCUAAACCUGCAGCAACAUUGGAAAUGUUUCCUUCUUGGCCUAUGAAACUUCAACAAACUCCUGGGGGGAGUUCAAGGUCAGGAGGAGAGAGUACUGAUUCAGGAUUAGCAGUUAAUACACUUUCAAGUAAAGCUGGGGGCCAUUUGGAACCAGAAUCUCCAGUUAGUACAAAACUAUCUUGUGAUCAUCAACAGGCUUUUGACCAUAACCAUCUUCAGUUCCCACAAGAAAAUCACCACAACCACCAGCAGCAGCAGCUACAGGCUGUAGAGAUGGCAGGUGAUAGUCCAAGAUCAUCAUCGGGACCUUCGCAAACUCAACCAUCUUCAAAUACCAUUCUUGAAAAGAGAAGAGGACCAGGUGCAACCUCAGAUAGAGUGCUUGAUCCUAAGACGCUAAGACGAUUAGCUCAAAACAGAGAAGCAGCAAGAAAAAGCAGACUCAGAAAAAAGGCAUAUGUGCAACAGCUGGAAACCAGUAGGAUAAGGUUAUCACAGCUGGAGCAAGACCUUCAAAGAGCUCGAUCUCAGGGUUUGUUUCUGGGAGGUGGUAGUGGUGGCAAUGCUGGAUCAAGCAUGAGCCCAGGUGCUGCAUUGUUUGAUAUGGAAUAUGCACGAUGGUUGGAUGAUGAUCACAGACAUAUGGCAGAACUCCGAACUGGAUUGCAGGCACAUUUAUCAGAUGGUGAUCUUCGAGUAAUAGUAGAUGGACAUAUUGCACAUUAUGAUGAAAUUUUCCGUCUAAAAGGAGUGGCAGCAAAAUCAGAUGUCUUCCACCUUAUUACUGGAUUGUGGACUACUCCAGCUGAGCGUUGCUUCUUGUGGAUGGGAGGUUUUCGUCCCUCCGAACUAAUCAAGACAUUGAUAGCGCAAAUGGAUCCAUUAACUGAGCAGCAACUCGUGGGAAUAUACAGUCUCCAACAUUCCUCGCAGCAGGCAGAGGAAGCUCUGUCCCAAGGUCUAGAACAGUUACAACAAUCCCUUAUUGAUACAAUAGCAAAUGGAUCAAUAAAUGAUGGAAUGCAUCAUAUGGCUGUAGCUCUUGGCAAGCUAACUAACCUUGAAGGUUUUGUGCGUCAGGCUGACAAUCUGAGGCAACAGACACUUCACCAACUGCGGCGGAUACUCACUGUUCGUCAAGCAGCAAGAUGCUUUCUGAUCAUCGGAGAAUACUAUGCCAGAUUACGAGCUCUGAGUUCCCUCUGGGCUUCGCGGCCACGAGAGAGCAUGAUGAGUGAAGAAAAUUCUUGCCAACCGAUCACUGACAUGCAUAUGAUGCAAUCAUCUCAGAAUCAAUAUGGUAGUUUUUGAUGGACAAUUGUUGGCUAAAAUUGUAUCAUCAAAUUAUUUAGAAGCUUAUGAUGUAAAUGGGAAUUACCAGCACUAUGAUCAAUGGAUAUUAUCUUAGAUAAGUUGGUUAUAA